UUCAUACUGAACCCGGAGACGUCGGACUUGGCGCUGCUCAGCUGUCGGUUGAGCGCUCUCUCUCUCUCUCUUUCUUCCCCCCUCUCGUCCAUUAUUAGAACUCACUCUCUCCCCCAUUUCUUGCCAUUUUUGCUGCUCCUCUUCUUCAUCUCGCCGCUCAACGAGGAAGGGGGAGAGGGGGAGAGAGAGAGAGAGAGAUGGCUGCUUCAUGGAACUCAACUUCAUUGGAGAUCACGUACCAAGUUCUGGGAUGGACCGCUUUCGUUUCCUGGUCCAUCAGCUUCUACCCCCAAGUCAUCCUCAAUUUCCGCCGCAAGAGCGUUGUGGGGUUGAAUUUUGACUUCGUAUUGCUCAACCUGACCAAGCACAGUUCUUAUUUGAUCUAUAACGCCACCCUCUACUUCAGUGCUGCUGUCCAGAAGCAGUAUCACGACAAGUAUGGACACGGGCAGAUGAUACCUGUGGCUGCAAAUGAUGUGGCAUUCUCCAUACAUGCCGUUCUGCUAACAGCUGUAACCCUGUUCCAGAUAGCAAUCUACGAUCGGGGCACUCAGAAAAUCUCAAAGGUGUCCAUAGGAAUUGUCUCUGCAGUUUGGUUAGGUGCAGCAGUUUGCUUUUUCAUUGCUCUGCCUAGCCAUACUUGGCUUUGGCUCAUCUCUGUUUUCAACUUGAUUCAAGUGAGCAUGACCGUUAUUAAAUACAUACCGCAGGCAGUCAUGAACUUUGCGAGGAAGAGCACAGAUGGGUUCAGCAUUGGAAAUAUCUUGCUAGACUUUCUUGGUGGCUGUGCAAACUACGCGCAGAUGGCCGUUCAGUCUAUCGAUCAGAAUUCUUGGGUAAACUUCUAUGGAAAUAUCGGGAAGACAUUGUUGUCUUUGGUAUCAAUAUUCUUCGAUCUCCUCUUCAUGUUCCAGCAUUUUGUACUCUACCGCUCCAAGGAAGUACCGGCUAGCCAUGAAUCCAAGGACAAGCAAGAUCCACUCGCGAAGACUUCUUCUUUUGACCCUCGACAGCCAGAGAAUGUCUGAAGCAUGGCCGCGCCAUUGAGGGAACCUUGAUAUUUAUGGAAACUCGGACCAAGGUUGUCAUCAUCAUGAUCCUACUCAGGAUCAAAUGGGGUCCAUAAAUUGGGACCAUGGGAUCGAAUAAAAAAUCACAAGAUCCUAUUUAGUUAAAAUAUAUAAAUGUAGAUAAAUCGGGACCAUAUGAAAAUA